AUGAGGAUAAACGUAUGGAUUUACCAGGCUCUGGUGUGCGCUGCCCUCACUGUACUGGACUCAGGUUUGUGCAGAAGGACCCAUCAGUCGUUACAGCGGUAUGAGAAGAGCGAGAGCCACAUGCUGGUUUGCACAGACUGUCCUCAGGCCCCUCUGGUACGAAGCAACCGCUCGCAGGAGCAAUGCGCUCGCAAAUGCAAGAAGAAAAACUUCAACUGCAGGGCUUUCAACUUUCAGAAGCACAACAGGAAAUGCUUCUUGCUUCCCUUCGACCGUUUCACCCACGGCGUGAAGAAGCAGGCCAACGUCAACUUUACUCUGUAUGAAAAAAAAGAUUAUAUAAGGGAGUGUAUCGUUGGCACCAAGGACUACAGAGGGAGGAGGUCUUGGACGAAGUCGAACAUCACUUGCCAAGCUUGGUCAGAUAAUAACAUCAAUGAACACACGUUUUAUCCUGAUAGUUUCCCGGCGGAAGACCUGAGGGAGAACUUCUGUCGGAAUCCCAAGAACGAUCCAGGUGGUCCGUGGUGCUACACCACUGACCCCAAUGUGCGAGUGGAGGAGUGUGGUGUGCCACAGUGUUCGGAGGACGUCUGUAUGACGUGUAACGGGGAGGAUUACCGAGGCAAAAUGGACCAUACAGAGAGCGGAAAGGAGUGUCAGCGGUGGGACUCAGUGAGGCCUCACAAACACCUUUUCCAGCCCAAAAAGUAUCGUGGCAAAGAUUUAAAAGACAACUACUGCCGUAACCCGGAUAAUCGUCGUGGUCCCUGGUGCUACACCAUGGAUCGGAAAACCCCAUGGGAGUACUGCAACAUCACUGUGUGUGAGUCUGACUCCAGCGAGGACACAGACGUCAAUGUCACGACGUCCUGUGUCCAGGGGAAGGGGACGGCUUACCGAGGCACAACGUCUGUCACUCCUGAGGGCGUGACGUGUCAGCGCUGGGACUCCCAGUUCCCCCAUAACCACUCGUUUCUGCCCCAGAACUUCAAAUGCAACUUGUGUGUGUGCCACAGAGACCUGCGAGAGAACUACUGCCGUAACCCCGAUGGAGCAGAUUACCCAUGGUGCUUCACUACAGACCAUAAACAGAGGAAAGCCAACUGCACCCACAUCCCCAGGUGUGAUGCUGAGGCCACACAAAAAAUAGAGUGUUACGAGGACGUCGGAGAGAUGUACCGGGGAACUUUAUCCAUAACUCGCUCUGGGAUUCCCUGUGCCAACUGGUCACAUCACAUAGACAGUGGGGAUUCUCACUCUACAGUGUCCCAUGUAGGGCUGGAGAACAACUACUGCCGGAACCCGGACCGGGACAAGCACGGCCCCUGGUGCUACACCAAUCCAAAUAACCGCCUGGCCUGGGACUACUGCAAACUGAAAAACUGUGAAUCAUCUACAGUAGCUCCUCAACCAAGCAAUCUAACCCGACCAAAGAUAUCCUGCUUCGUGCACAUAAACACCAGAAUAGUCGGCGGACAUCAAGUGCGAGGGACAGACGGCAGCUGGGUGGUGAGCAUCCAAAGAGAGAAGGCUCAUUUGUGUGGCGGCUCGCUGAUCAGAGAGGACUGGGUUUUGACCGACCAGCAGUGCUUCACCUCCUGUGUUCCAGAUCUCAGGGAUUACAGCGUGCAGGUUGGUCUGCGCCACCUCAACCAGUCGUCGCACCACCCGAGGCUGCGCAUCUCACGCCUGAUCUGCGGCCCAGAGGGAUCCAACCUGGUCAUGCUGAAACUAGCAGACCCUGCGCCUGUGUCUGAAGGUGCCUCCACGAUUCAUCUUCCAGUGAAAGACUGUCACAUCCCAGAAGGCACCAACUGCACCAUGUAUGGAUGGGGCGAGACCAAAAACGCGGGACACGACGAGGCCCUGAACACGGUCACCAUGCCGAUGGUCAACAAUGACAUGUGCUCGCAAAUCAAAGGGGACGCCGGGGAAAGCAGGAUAUGCGCCGGUGGCAUGAGAGGAGAAGGUGUCUGUGAUAGAGAUAACGGCGGCCCGUUGGUCUGCCAGGAGCAUGAGCGCAAAGUUAUCGUUGGCGUGAGCAUCCAGAGGACAAAAUGUGCCUCGUCGCAGCCUGCACUCUUCGUCAACGUCGCUUUCUACUCUGAGUGGAUUUAUAAAGUGUUCAAACUUUACCCCAGCCCGGAGAGGAACUGA